AUGUAUGCUUGCCCAUAUUGCAAUAAAAAAAGCUAUGUUAAAUCGAAUCUUAAAAAGCAUAUUAUAUUAAUUCAUAAAUGCAUUAAGUCUCCAAUUUUAAAUUUAGAAAUGUAUUUUUCAAUAAAAAUGUUUAAAAUUUUAUUAGCAUUAGAAUUAUCAUUAUUCUAUAUGACUAUAGAGCUAAAUAACUUACUCUACACAUUAAGUAAAAAAAAUUACUUUGUAAUAUUAUUAAUUUGUCUUAUCCUAUUAUUUUUAGAACGUCUAGUGUGUCCAAAUGGUUGCGGACGGUCCUAUAAAUACAAAAAAGGUUUAAGCCAUCAUUUCCGUUAUGAAUGUGGUAAAUCGCCCAUGUACGCUUGUCCUCAUUGUCAAAAGAAAAGUUCUGUGAAAUCAAACUUAAAAAAGCAUAUUAUUUUAGUUCAUAAUUGUAUAAACACAGAUCCUAUAUUUAUUUAUAAUUUGUAACUUUUUUAAAUCUCUAUAAAAAUGAUAAAAUGACUUAAUUUGAGUAAUAUUGUAUAAUAAUUAAGCUGUCAUUAAAAAUGAGGUAAUCAUUAGAAUUUUAAAAGUAUAAAUUAGAAUAAUAUGUGGCUCAAAGCUAAAUGACUUAAAUUUGUUUGGUUAGUUCGUUCAAUAAACAUUAUUUUAACUUACUUUAAAUUCGUAAAAUAGUUCUUUAAAAUAAAAAAUAAUUACUGAAAUUUACCUCAUUUUCAAUGGAAGUUCUUCAAUCAUCACUUACAGUAUGUGUAUUAAUACAAAAUAAAACACAUACAUUUUUAUUUUUGAUAUUGUUUAAAGCUUAUACAUUUUUUAAUAAAACUUAUA